CGUGACAAUCACAUUUUAUUCUUCACGGGAGAGGAGUUUUAUUCCCAUGCCAUAACAUUUGGGCAGCUAACCAAAAUAUAUGAUGAAGAGCAGCUGUUCAUCUAGCCAGUCUAAUUAGUUGAUGUCGUUUGCGAGCCGGAAUCAGUCGCUAUUUUGUACCAUUCUCGUUGCAUAAAUCCACCGUUGGUCAAACACACAGUCGAAAUGUUGUUAAUUUUACCCCUAAUAUUUGCUUACAUCGGUUAUGUUCUGUUUAAUUAUCAUAAAACUAGACAGAAACUGUUGAAAAUUAAAUCACACUUUGGUGGUCCCGAAUCACAUUACUUUUUGGGAUCGAUGCCAAUGUUUGCUGGCAAAAGUAUUCCAGAAAUAUUUGAAAUUGUGACUGCACUACAUACCGUCCAUGGAGAAGACAUUGCCAUGAUGGCGGCCUUCAACGAGCUGGAGUUAGAUUUGUCCAGUUCGAAAAAUGUGGAGAAGGUUCUGCUGGCCAAGUCCAUCAAAAAAUCAUUUGCCUAUGACUUCCUGGAGUCAUGGCUAGGAACUGGUUUGCUGAUUUCAACUGGUGAAAAGUGGUUCCGAAGACGGAAAAUCAUCACUCCGACUUUCCAUUUCAAAGUGCUGGAAAACUUUCUGGACGUGUUCAACAAAGAGGCGGACAUUCUGGUGGCAAAACUUGAACGGCACGCGGGAAAGGGAGAGUUUGAUAUUUAUGAUUAUGUAACGCUCUACGCCUUGGACAGUAUUUGCGAAACAUCUAUGGGCGUUCAGGUCCAUGCUCAGGAUGACCCAAAUAACGAAUACGCGAUAGCAGUAAAACAGAUGAGCACCUUUUUUCUACGACGGUUGUUCAGCAUUUUGCGCUCAUUUCCUUCGCUAUUUUUCCUGUACCCAUAUGCUAGGGAGCAAAAGAAAGUCAUUAUGAAGUUGCACAAUUUUACAAACUCAGUAAUUGACUCGCGAAGAAAAUUAUUGGAACAGGAAAAUUCUACCACCAAGGUGACCUUUGAUCUUGACGAAGAAAACAUGUAUUCGAAGCGAAAAAUGACCUUCCUCGAUCUACUGUUGAAUGUUACGGUCGAUGGAAAACCUCUCAGUAGAGAAGAUAUUCGCGAGGAAGUCGAUACGUUCAUGUUUGAAGGACACGAUACUACCACCUCGGGUAUUUCGUUCACACUUUGGCACCUGGCCAAGUAUCAAGACGUCCAACAGAAACUUUAUGACGAAAUUAACCGAGUUUUAGGCACGGAUAAAACAAAUGCUAAACUUACCAAUGUGGAAAUUCAAGAGCUUGAAUAUCUGGACAUGGUCGUUAAGGAAUCGCUACGAUUGAUUCCUCCUGUACCGGUUAUAGGACGAACGUUACUGGAAGAUCUGGAAAUGAAUGGAACAAUUGUUCCGGCUGGAACGUCUAUUGCCAUCAAGAUCUACAACAUACACAGAAAUCCAAAAAUCUGGCCCGAUCCGGAAAAAUUUGACCCGGAGAGAUUUUCAAAGUCCAACGAAAGUAGCCGUGGUCGGUACGAUUACAUCCCAUUCAGCGCCGGAUCUCGGAAUUGCAUCGGUCAACGGUACGCAAUGAUGGAGCUGAAGGUGACACUUAUCAAACUGUUGGCGAAGUACAAAGUUUUACCUGGGGAGUCGAUGCACAAGAUGAGAUUCAAAGCAGAUUUGGUUAUUCGUCCUGACGUUGGCAUUCCCAUCAAGCUAGCUGUACGUGAGCCUUAGCGGAAUCGAAAGAUAUCACUCUAAAAUAUGAGCUAGUAUGAGUAGGGCUAGCGAGUGAAAGAGUGGGGUGUAUACUUCCAAGCCCCGGACCGUAUUUUAAACUGAAAGUGGAAUUCUGACAAAUAUUAUUCUGACAACAAUUUAUUUAAAUAUGCAAAUAAAAUUUCAAUAUCCUAUAC